AUGAGUGAUGCAAUCCAAGAAUGGACUGAGACAGCAAAGGCAAAGACAGAAGUUGCUAAAGCUAAGGCAGAAAAAUAUAAAAGUUCCUAUAGUGUGGAUGAUAAUAGUAUUGGUAAUGCAAAAGAUUGUUCCAUUGCUACAUGUGUGAGCCUUCUUGAAGCAAUAGAUGGAGUUGACAAUGCUACUUAUCUUAAAGCAGUAGAAAAGUUUAGAGAGGCAGAUUGGAGAGAGAUAUUUAUCCAUAUGUCUUCGCUUAGGAAGAAGGCUUGUUCCUCUUCUUCUAGUUCAGAUGAAGAGUUUCAAGACUUUAUGAUGUUUCUUGAUCAACAUGAAUAUUUGAAAGAUACUAAAGAAGUUAGAGUUGAAGAAGCACUUGCUAUGUUUCUUAUAAUAAUUGGUCACAAUGUGGGAAUAAGACUUAUAGCGGAUCGUUUUCAACAUUCCCUUGAAACUGUGGAUAGACAUUUCACUUUGACACUAAGAGCAAUAUGUAGACUUGGAAAAGAAUUGAUAUGUCAUACAAACUCUCCAUUGCCUUCACAUAUUGUCAACAAUCCAAAAUAUUUUCCAUGGUUUGAGAAAUGUAUUGGUACAAUUGAUGGCACACACAUAAGCGCACAUGUUCCUGUUGAAAAGCAAGUUAGCUAUAGAGGUAGAAAAUCUAUAGUGACUCAAAAUGUUUUAUGUGCAUGCAAUUUCAACAUGAUGUUGACUUUCGUUUAUGCUGGUUGGGAGGGCACUGCAAAUGAUUCAAGAGUUUUUCUUGAUGCAAUUACAAGAUCUGAGAAUAAAUUUCCGUUACCUAAAGAAGGCGAAUAUUAUGUUGUUCAUUCUGGAUUUCCAUGUACCGUGGGUUUUCUUCCUCCAUUUCAAGGUGAAAGAUAUCAUUUGCAAGAAUAUCAUGGUAGAGGUCGCCAACCAAGAGGACCAAAAGAAUUGUUUAAUUAUAGGCAUUCUUCACUUAGAAAUGUUAUUGAACGUUGCUUUGGUGUGUUGAAAGCGUGGUUUUGA